AUGGUGGUUUUUAACCUUGAUGACGUUGAGAUUUUUUUCCCGUACGAUUAUAUUUAUCCUGAACAAUAUGCAUAUAUGAAAUAUUUAAAAAAAACGCUAGAUAGCGAAGGACAUUGUGUUUUAGAAAUGCCGACAGGGACAGGAAAGACGGUGGCUAUAUUUUCGCUUAUUACAUCGUAUCAAUAUCAUAAGAAGGAUGAAGGGAAAUUUAUUUUCUGUACUCGUACGGUUGCUGAAAUGGAAAAGUCGCUAAUAGAAUUGAAGAAGGUAAUUCAAUACAGAAUUAAUGUAAUGAAGCAGAGAAAGGUAGAAAAGUUAAAAAAUGAAAAAGAUGAUGUAAAUGAUGUGAUAAAAAAUGACGAUGUAAAUGAUGUGAUAAAAAAUGACGAUGUAAAUGAUGUGAUAAAUAAUGAUGAUGAGGAAGGAGCAAAUAAUUCAUUAGAUGGCUCAAAGGAAAAUGUGAAGGAAUAUAAUAAGCAUGAUGAUCAUAUAAAUAAUUUGAAAGAAUUUGGGGAGAACAGCGAAAUCCUUGCCAUCGGAAUUAGUGCCAGGAGAUGUAUGUGUAUUAAUGAUAAGGUUUUAUUAAAACAUGAAAGAGAAAAGAUUGACGAAGAAUGUCGUAAGUUAACAGCAACAUUUAUAAGAGAAAAGAAAUAUAUAAAUAAUAAAAUAGAUAAUGAGAUAUAUCAUCCGAACGUAGAUAAAAUAUCUGAUUUUAUUUUAAGGAAUAGACAUCAUUUAGAUAUAGAAGAUUAUUUCGAUAUAUAUAAUUCAAGAAAUAGUUUAGAGGAAUAUGAUAAUAUUGGUUUAUGUGGUUAUUAUGAAAAUUAUAAGAAAGAAUUUUUGUACGAUUUAAUAAAACCAGGUGUAUAUACUAUUGAAGAUUUAAAAGUAUUAUGUAAAAAUUAUAAGAAUAAAGAAAAUGUGAAUGUACCUAUAUGUCCAUAUUUUUGUGCAAAAAAAAUUAUUGAAAUAUCAAAAGUUAUUAUAUUAAAUUACCAGUAUGUUAUUGAUCCAAAAGUUUCAAAAGCAUUAUUCAGUUGGAAGGAUAUGAAUAAAAAUGUACAUUUGAAAAAUAAAAAUGAUAUUAUUGUUUUUGACGAAGCACAUAAUAUUGAUAGUGUUUGUUUAGAGGCGUUGAGUGUUAACAUUGAUCGUAAUAUUUUAAAUAAGGCAUCUAUGAAUAUUACAAAAUUAAUGAAAAAAAUAGAACAAUCAAAAAUGUUAAACGAACAAAAAUUAAAAGAAGAAUGUAAUAAAAUACUGGAAAAAAUUAAGUUACAAAAAUGUAACCAAUCAUUAAAUGUUACAAAUAAUGUGAUAAAUAUAGAUAAUAUGAAAUGUAUAAAUCAUAUGGACAAUAUAAAUAAAACAAGAUCAGAUGGAAACGUGGGUUCUUAUUUGGAAAAGGAAACGAAUAAGCAUCAUAACAUUGAGGGGAAACCCGGGGAAUUAUUUGUAACAAAUGAACAGGAGAAAAAAAAGAGAAAGGUUGAAAGUAGUCCGGUGGCAUAUUUUGAUGAGGAUAUGAAUUUAAUGUUUUCUGAUUUUUUUUUGGAUGAAUCGUUUGGAGAUAAUGAAAAAAAAAAAAAAAAUCACGAUAAUAAUAAUGAUAUAAAUAAUGAUGAUAUAAAAAUUAAUGAUGAUAUAAAAAAUAAUGAUGAUAUAAAUAAUGAUGAUAGAAAUAAUAAUGAUGAUAUAAAUAAUAAUAAUAAUGAUAGAAAUAAUAAUAAUGGUAGAAAUAAUAAUAAUGAUAGAAAUAAUAAUAAUGAAGAUGAAGACCAUUUAAACGAUUUGUGUUAUAGCCCAUUAUUAAUGGAAGAUAUUAUAAAAAAUGUUGUAAUACCAGGGAAUAUUCGAAAAUCAGAACAUUUUUUGAAUUUAAUGAGAAUAGUAGUUGUAUAUUUAAAAAAGUAUAUAAAUAUAUAUGAUAUAACAUCCGAAGGUCCACUUUCAUUUUUAUAUAAAUUUGAAAAGGAUACAAAAUUGGAUACAUCAUUUUUUAAAUAUUGUUUUGAUAGAUUAAAAUCAUUAUUAAAUAAUUUACAAAUAGUAAAUAUUGAAGAUUAUUCAUCAUUAAAUAUUGUAUGUAAUUUCUGUACAUUAUUAGGAAAUUAUUUUAAAGGAUUUAUAAUAAUAUGUGAGCCAUAUCCCGAGGCAACUGGAAUAUAUGAUCCAUUAAUUCAAUUUGCAUGUUUAGAUUCAUCAAUAGCAAUGAAAACGGUAAUAAACAAAUAUAAGUCAAUAAUAUUAACAAGUGGUACUAUUACUCCUUUGGAAUUAUAUCCGAAAUUAUUGAAUUUCAAAACCGUUUUAACAGCUUCAUUCCCAAUGUCUUUUGAUAGAAAUUGUGUAUGUCCAUUAAUUGUAACCAAAGGAUCUGAUUUAAUACCAUUAUCAUCUCAAUUUUCUUUAAGAAAUGAUUUAAGUGUAAUCAAAAAUUAUGGUAUCUUAUUAGUAGAUAUGUGUAAAUGUAUACCUGAUGGUAUUGUAGCUUAUUUCCCAUCAUAUAUUUAUAUGGAACAAGUUAUUUCGUCAUGGUAUGAAUUAGGUGUUAUAGCAAAUAUAUUAGAAUAUAAAUUAAUUUUUAUCGAAACCAAAGAUAUUGUAUCAACAACUAUUGCUUUACAUAAUUUUAAAAAAGCUUGUGAUUUAGGAAAAGGAGCAGUCUUCUUAUCUAUUUGUAGAGGGAAAAUUGCAGAAGGUAUAGAUUUUGAUAAACACUAUGGGAAAUGUGUUAUUCUCUUUGGGAUACCAUAUCAAUAUACAUUAUCUAAAAUAUUAAAAUCUAGAUUAGACUUCUUAAAAGAAACUUAUAAUAUACAAGAAAAUGAAUUCCUAACAUUUGAUGCUAUGAGACAAGCUUCGCAAUGUGUUGGACGAAUUAUAAGAAAUAAAAAAGAUUAUGGUAUUAUGAUUUUCUCAGACAUCAGAUAUGCGAAACAUGAUAAAAAAAAUAAAUUACCUCCUUGGAUUAUUAAAUGUAUGGAUAUAUCUAAUAUCAAUCUAACCGUAACUACAGCUGUAGAUAUAUCAAAACAAUUCUUAUUAAAUAUGUCACAAGAAUAUAGAGAAACGGGACAAACAAAAAUAUCACCCCUUAUGUUGAAAAAUCAGGUCAAAUGUUGGACCAUGGUUAAAUCUAUACUAAACAUGGAUGACUUUAUAUAA